UUUCCGGGUCACGUGACUGACGCACACUCCGCGAAGGGGAAGUCGACCGUGGUCUGAACCGACCGUAACUGGAGCAGUAGGCGCGCACUAAAGAUACACGCAGGCCUCGGUUGGGGACCGGUGGCUCACAUGACCGCAGCGGUGCUGCCUCCCUGCGCUCGACCCGCCGUGCAGGUGCCGAGUCCGACGCGGCACAGCGGGGAACAACAGCACUCCGGAGGCGUCGGAUAUUUCCACGUGAUCCGUUGUGACAGAGCGGUUUGAAACUACGUUUUUACACCAAGUAUAGCGGAGGAGUCCAAAUCAAGAGAAGCAGGCCUCUGUGAUUCAUGUGCCUGUCAAGAUGAGUACAGACAGACCCAAACGAAAUAUCAUCAAAAAGAAAUAUGACAUCAGUGACGGGAUGCCUUGGUGUGAAGAACGUCUGGUCCGCAAAGUUCUUUUCCUCUCUCUCAGGGAAUUCAGGGACACGCACCGCGCCAUGCACACACACUCGCACAGACACACACGCGUGUCGGAAAACACGCGCCUACAGCGAAAGACGCAGGCGCUGCCGAAAACCGCGCGCGCAGGACCGAGUGCGCACGCGCCCCAGCAGAGGGCCGCGCGCAGGCCACCGAACACCACAGCUAGCACGCACACCGCAAAACACCCACAAGGCAAAGUGCAAAGAAACAACUCGUCUCAGGACUCGCACACGCCGAAAAGUAAAUGCACUCACCCACUACAGAACAGGCGAACGCAAUCAAAAACGUGCGGCGGGAAAAUGAAGCGCGCCGUCCAGCACGCACACCUACGAGAAAGUACACGCGCCUUCCGGAAGAAUUCGGCAACGACAAGGACGCUGCGCUCGCACAAAAAACAGAAGGCACGGACGCUGCCGAGCUCCAGAUACGCAGAAACCGCCAAACGGGCGCACGCUCCUCAGCAGAAGCACUCCGUGAAAAGCACCUGCGCACCCGGGAACCCGCGGGCGCUGCUGAGCCCCCCCGGCGCCGCCCGGGCGCUGCGGUCACAUGUUCCCACGCGCCUCAAAGGCUCCCGGGUGAACGGCAUCAGCCGCUGUCGCUCCGUCCUGUCGGCGAGCUGGAGCUGGUCUUUACCGGCACGCCCUCAAGAGCGGCGCCAUGCUGGCAUCCAUCGCCUGAAGGCCGCUCCGGUGUGCGUGGAGAAAAGGCCGCGGGUGCAAGCGCAGAGGAAGUUUGCCCAGUCCCCUCCCAGCUCUCCGGGACCAACAGUUUCGAGGACACCGGCACGAAGCAACCACGUCCACAACCUGUCCGUGGUCACCUGUCUUACCCGACGCCGGCCCAAGACCGAGGACUUCUUGUCCUUCCUCUGUCUGAGAGGUUCAGCGGCGUUGCCUAGCAACAUGUCCUUCUUAGCCAGCGGACGAGCGAAGGAGCCAUCUGGCGCUCAGCAUCUCGCCUCCUGUCGCUCCACCAAUCACAGGACCGCCGCUGAGUUGAAGACCAUGAGCAUGAUCAGUAGAACCACAGCACAGCGAGACUUUAAGUCUCUGCGAAGGAGGCCUGGCGGCUCUGCAGUGGUCACCUCCUUCUGUCCUCCCACUGCCCGCGCACAGAGGAGGCAAGAGAGGGAGAGGAGAGAGGAGGAGGAGGAGCAGCAGCAGCAGCAGAAGAGGAGGCGGGAGGGGACGGAGGAGGACAGAAGAGACGGAGCUGAAAGCCACCUGCUGAGACCUCACCAGCUCUCCCUCCAUGUCAGGAGGACUGACAAGGUUGCCAUGGUGACUGGACUCUGUGAACAAACCACCUUCUGCGUCCGGUCCCUUCCUACAUUACAGCCGAGCCCUGCAAUGGGGAGCAGGCGCCGCCCCAGGCCGUGCAAUCGGCAGGAAGACACCUGUAAACCACAGAUCCAGGACUCCAACAAUAAACACCUCGCCCGGCACAGCAGACACCAGCUGCCCCGCAAUCAGCACCUUCCGCUCCACCAACGUGCCGUCUCCGACUACUAUAGCAACCCCAUGACCUUCGGCAGUCUCCAGAACUCAGGAAGACACUCAGCGAGGACUCCGCCUCUGUGUAACGGCCCGGUUAACAGGACGGUAAGUGAGAAGCCCGGCGUCCUGCGCUCGUCCAGGAGAAGGAGAGGUCUCCCGCCCGACACCACCCUACUGAACGGGGUUCUUUUGGACGGCAGCUCGUCAAAGAAGUGCAGGACAGUGCCACUUGGUGACGGCGAUGUCCCGCCGGAGAGUGAGAUCCCACGGAGGGAAGACCGCUGCGGCAAAGAUGUGAGUCACGUUGGUGGAAUCCCCCGCAGCCACGAGCGCGAACUGGAAGGAGACGCCUGUGGCCGUGUUGGAGAGACGAGAGCAGAGGGGGACAGUUGCGUUGGCGACGACCAGCGGGGCAGAGCAAAGAUCGAAGAGUUAACUUUGACCAGCGUCUCUGCUCUGGAGCCCUCUGAAGAAAGGGUUUACCCAGCCGACACCGCCGCACACUGUGACCUCGGCCACGUCGGUGAGGAUCCGCACGGACAUGCGAGAGACGAAAGGUGCACUUUGUUCACAACUACUACUGACCCUGGGCCUGUUUCCAGAGCUGCUGCUGCUAGGACUCCCAUGAUUAAAGCUGCUCUCAACUCGGUGACAACUGACCCCCCGGCCAGUUGUUCUGCCACGCACACUCCAAAGGCUACUGGCAAGAACGCUGCCAAGUGCACUCCACCAGCCAUCAGUUGCUCCAUCCAUGAUUCCAAUGGUGCAGCGAAAGACUCUUCCGAAGGCUCCACUGAGGACCCGACGGAGGACAGGAGCUGUUCCAGCACUUCCAAGGGCUCCGCGAAGGGCCUCGCCCAGACCAGGUCUACUACCUCAGCCAUUAAGACCAGGACCAGCCCCAGAACUCUUCUGAAGCGCUAACACACCCUCGAGCUUCGCCUGAAAACUUUCCAGAAUUUACUAAAUCAAUUGAUGUUGAAGACUAGUGGGAAGGUUGUAUUUUUUGUUUGUUUUGUUGAAAGCAUUGGAUACUGUUCAUCUCUUCAUGAUGAUGUUUGUUGGCUGGUCAGAUACUGACGCAGUGACUGUGUUCUGUUCUUGACAUAAAUGAUGUGGGAUUGUUUAAAAGCUACGUGGGUGAAAUAAAUCAUUUAAAGACGUGGUAUAACGCUGGAGACUGCUGCUUGCAGUGGUUUAGUCCGUUUUCAGAUGCUUCCCUGCUGUGUUUGGAAUAAUAACUUGAUAUUUUUCUAAACCUAAUCCUUAUUAAGAUGGAAAAGGCAGUGUGUGUUUAUAGAAAUACUUUUAAUUAAAGCAAUGAGUUUAACUGUAGAGUUCUACCUGCCAACGCUGUGGUGCUUUUUGGCCGUCUUCGGACAGUCCUUCAUUUAAACAGCAAGCAUCUGGUCAGGAUGGGCUACAUCACCAACAUAAAGGGUUUAUCAAUUAUAAUCCUCACAUUUUUUAUGAAUACAUUUAUUCAAGUCCCCUUUUAACAGUAGUGCUCAUAUGAACAACAGGAAAAGGUUUUAACGCCGGUUUAUCCUGUCCAAUAAAAGUCUUUUCAAAGUCUAUAAUAGUCCAUAAUGGUAGAUGUGUCCUCAUACUGUGUCCCUGAUAUUACUAAAACGUCAGAAGGUUCUAACUAAUAUCAGAUGAUAUUUAUUGGUUUGCUUAGAUCAGUAAAUUAUUUUACCGCAAUGCCGUAGGGAAACGGACAAAUAUUUGGUCAACGAUAUCUAAGGCAACCAUAAAAGAAAAUAAGAACUGUACAAAUGUGGAUUUUUUGUAUGAGAAUUUUCAAUAAAAUCACUUUGCAUAUUUA